AUCUAUCUAUCAACCAAACAUCGAGAAUUAUUUGACAUUUUAAAUCAAGUCCAAUUAAAAUUUAUCGUUAAUAGUUAAAUUUCAAUAGAGUUAACAGUAAAUUUACAUAGAAGCAAAUUACAACAAUUUUCAUAAUCAAAAAUUAAGCUUGAAUGCAUUUAUAUGUGUUUAGAAAGAAUCGUAGUAGUAAUUUUAAUAAACAGUUACAAUUACAAAAAUUAACGUUAAGUUUCAAAUGCAAAUUUACGAUCGUGUAAGCAUAAAAUAUUAAUGGUAAUUUAGAAAUUUUAUCAGAAAAUUUUAAUAGAUCGCAAUAUCAUGCUAAUCCUUUGCUAGAUCAAAUAUUUGUGAUACAAAACUGCGUAUAUUGUAAUAACUCUUCGAUAUCUUCAGGAACGUGUACGAAGAAUUUUAAAUUACAAAUGUUGUUGAACGAAGUAAACCGAAUUAUAAAAACUAACCUUAAUGCAUUGUGAAUAACAAUAGAUAUAUUUCUAGACUUGAUAUUUAAAUACUUUGGACAAUUGUUUCUUUUGCACGAUUUUGGAAUGAGCGACAAAUUACAAACUACUGCUAUUGCUAUUAGUUCACACGAAACCGCAGUUUCCGGUUUCCAAUCCAAGAUUAAUUCUUUUUCCGGUGGUAAAACUAACAAUAAAUGUUUCAAAUUGUUUUCAAGCUGCUUUAGAACUGCUAGUUCAACAGAAUCCUUGGAAAACAUUGUAAAUAAUAAUAUUAAAAGAAGAUGCGAUUAUGUCGUUGAGAAACUUGUUGUAAAACAUGUACCUUUUGUUCUCUUCUCAAUAUCGGAGAACACUUUAGAGGACAAAAUUAGUCUUCAGAGUAAAAAUAAUUCCCACAGGAAUGUUCCACAAUCACAAACAAAAUUAAAUACCACAUAUUCAGCCACAUCAAAAAUUCAAUCAUUAUUACACUACUCUGACAGAUUUGAUUCUGAUACGACGGUACCUUUACACAUUUCUAAUAAAUGUUUACAUUUUGAUAAAAAUGUAUCGAACAAAAGAAAUAAAAAUGAUACAUCAUCCAACUAUCAUAAUAAAAUAAUCGACUCGACGAAUACUACGAAUGGUUUACAUCCAGAUUUGGGAGAACAUGAAAAAGCACCAAAGGAUUCUUCUUUAAAUAUUUCAGAAAACAAAAGUCUCGUGUUCUCAGAAAUCUCUCUCAAAGGAUUAAAUAAAAAUAACAUAUAUCAGGCACGAGAAACGUUUAAAUUGCAAUCUUUUGUUCAAGAAGCAUUUUCAAAGAAAGAAGAAUUUAAAAAUGUAUAUUCUUUCGACAGUAAUAAGUUAAAAAAUUAUCAAAAAAUUUAUACCUUGGCUCAAAUGGAACGUACGAACUUGAAUAAUUUUCGAGAUUGUUCUACUUAUAAAGUUAAAAGGCCCAUUGUCCAAUCUGUUCGUAAAAUCUUUCAUAGUUCUGAAAAUUUUGUAAAGUCAAUUGAUACAAAUCAAACGAAUAUAGAAAAUUGCAAGCCAAGUAAUAGAGAUUCGCAACAUAACCAUCAAUUUUUGCUGAAUCAAUCAAAAACAUUAUCCGACUGUAUUGUAAAUAUUGAUUCUUCAAACAUGCUAUUACGGUGGAACAUUAUCAUUGUUAUAAAACGUAACAAGUCAAAAACAUGUCCUUCUCAAAUAUUGAAAAAACAUUUCAAUACAAGUUGACAGAUUUGAUUAUACAUGUAAUUAGUAAAUUGUAAGAAUUAAUUUUAUAGCAAA